AUGAAUGACGAUACUUUUGCUAAGAAUAUCAGACGGUAUAUUUUAAGGGGUGGUGAGGAUGCUGAUAUGGAUGUUGAUACUGAUACAGAUAUGGCUAUGGAUGUUGAUAUUGAUAUCAAUAAUUUUGAUAUUACCAAAUUCGACUAUAGAACUAUUUUCAACAAGAGUCAGAACGAGAACAUCAACCAUAUAGAAAUGAUAUUUAAAUUUUUUGGAAUUAAAACAAACUCUGAAGUGGAUUCGAUGCCUCAAAAGUUAAAGUGGUAUUUUGA